UUAUUUUUCUGGUGUUAGCAGCCAUGUGUAGAUUUUGACACAAACAGGUUAUGUUUUUUAUUUUUCUAUUUCAAAAUUCUAGUUAAAAUGACCCCCCUUAUUCAAAUCAAUGCCGCAACUACAAAACCACAAAAUUGCAAAAUUAUCUGGUGCUCCGUAAGAAGAAUCAGCAAGUAUUUGCACAAAGACAUCUGUUCCAAGACUAUACGACAGAAGUUUUUGGACUAUUUCAUAGAUGAAAACAAUCACAAAUUCGUCAAGUCAAGCCCAGUGGUGCCCUACUGUGACCCUACAGUUGCUUUUGUUAAUGCUGGAAUGAACCAAUUUAAAGGUGUGUUUCUGGGUACUCAAGAACCUCAAUAUCUUAGAGUAGCAAACUCUCAGAAAUGUAUUCGAGUUGGAGGAAAACAUAAUGAUUUGAAUGUUGUGGGGACGGAUGGGUAUCACCAUACAUUCUUCGAGAUGCUAGGAAAUUGGUCUUUUGGGGACUACUUCAGGAUAGAUGCCUGCAGGAUGGCCUGGGAACUGCUAACAAAUGUCUACAAAAUCCCAACUUCUAGACUGUAUGUUACAUACUUUAAAGGUGAUGAAUCUCUCGGCAUUAGUGAAGAUGUUGAAACAAAGAAUAUAUGGAAGGAGCUAGGCGUACAUGAAUCAAGAAUCCUACCUUUUGGAACCAACGAUAACUUUUGGGAAAUGGGCCUAAUUGGACCUUGUGGACCUUGUACCGAGAUCCAUUUUGAUCACAUAACAAGCAAAAAUAGAUCAGAAUUUGUAAACAAAGGUUUGCACGAUUUGGUUGAGGUGUGGAACAUUGUAUUUAUAGAAUAUUACAGGAACAUAGACAGAACUAUUACUCCUUUGCCUAAACAACAUGUUGAUACAGGCAUGGGGUUUGAGAGGUUAACUUCAGUUCUGCAAGGAAAAAUAAGUAAUUAUGAUACAGAUAUAUUCAAUUACCUGAUGAAAGCUAUACAUAAGAACUGUAUACACCUCCCUGAAUACAAAGGACUCUUUGGAGAAAGUGACUGGAACCAUUUAGAUCAAAAUUAUAGGACUUUAGCUGAUCAUACAAGGAUGUGUACUGUUUGCUUAGCAGAUGGAGUCAUUCCUGAAGAAAACCAGAAGUUUAGAAGGAUUUUGAGGAAAACAUUUGUGCUUAGUGAAACUGUUUUCAAGAAAGAAAAGGGCUUACUGAAGGAAUUGUCAAAUUAUGUUGUAGAAAAUUUAGGACUUGUGUAUCCAGAGUUAGAAAAAAAUAUAUCACAAGUACACCAGAUGAUAGAUUAUGAAGAAGAGGUUUAUAGAAACUUGAGGGAAUCUGUGAGUAAAGAUUGGCAAAAACUUUUAGAAGAGAAUCCGAAAUUGCAUGCCUUAGAUAUCAUUGAAUCACCUAGUUAUAUCAAUGCUUAUAAAGAAAUAAAAUCAACAAAUGCUAAAGCUGUAGAUGCAGAACUUGCUUUUAAGCUUUAUGAUACUUAUGGUCUAGAUGAGGAUGGUAUACAGAAGAUAGCCAAUGCUUUAGACCUAGAAUAUGAUCCUGAAGCAUUAGAAAAAAAGCUGGAUCAAGCAAAGCUUAAGUCUAAACAAGGAUCUUUGAAAAUUGAAACCAAAAUACAUAAACUACUUGCUAAAAACGAGAUUGGUAAAACUAAUGAUAACUUCAAGUAUUCAUAUGUUAAGAAUAAUGAAGAAUAUUUGUUUAAAGAUGUUGAAUGUAAAGUGUUGAGGAUUUUUCAGAAUGAUAGUCCUGUGAAAGAGGUAGAUUCUGAUUUUUACUGUUGUUUGCUGUUAGAUAAGACUAACUUAUAUUCAGAAGCUGGUGGUCAGAUAUCUGAUAAAGGCACAAUCAAAUUUGGCAAGGAUAGAUUUGAUGUAACCUCUUUAGAAAACGUUAACGGUUAUAUCCUUCAUAAAGGCUUUUUCCAAUCUAAGAACAAUAAAUUGAAAUUAAACAUGGUCGGAAGUUUGAGUGUCAAUAGAGAAUUUAGGAUGGAUUGUAUGAAAAAUCAUACAGGAACCCAUUUGUUAAAUGCAGCUUUGAAGAAGUUCAAAGGUGCCACAUGCCAAAAAUCUAGCAAAGUUACCAAUAAGUAUUUAAAAUUUGAUGCUGCCAUAUUCAGUGAAAAAUUGACCAUUGAAGAAGUCAAAAAGAUAGAUGCUACUAUCUCGGAUGUAAUAAAAAGUAAAACACCAGUUAAGGUGAAGUUUGUUAACAGUCAACAACUUCUGGAUUUUGAUAAAAUUACUCUAAUACCAGGAGAAAUAUACCCAGAAAAUGAUAUUAAAGUCAUUGAAAUCCAGAACGACAAAUUAUUGUCUAGAGAACCUUGCUGUGGUACACAUGUCCUAAACACAGGUGAUAUAGGUGACUUUUGUAUCACCUCAGUUAAGUCACUAAGUCGUAGUACAAGUGCUAUAACAGCAGUUACUGGAGACAGAGCAAAGCUAGCUAGAGCCAGUGGUGCUGAACUCCUGGAUGAAAUCCAUGCUGUCAAGACAUACGUCAGUGAUAAUAUAGAUAAGCCAGAAUUACUUGAAGUUGCUAUAUCAACAUUGAAAAAGCAGCUGAAUUUUGGCAUUGAAGAUGAGAAUGUUCUACCCUUAUCGGUUAAGCAGGAGUGUUCCGAGAAGCUAGAUCGGAUGAGCAAGGAUAUUAAAGACGUCAUGAAGGAAAACUUACGAGACUUCAUAGAAAUAGAAAUGAAGAGCGCAUUGAAUUCUAAUAUUAAAAGAACAAAGUCAAACAAUAAGUACAUUGUGCAUUACUUGAGAAGUUCGACAAUGCUUGAUAAUGUGCCUCUUCAAAAAGCAACAAAACUGUGUCCAGAUUUGCCGAUUCUAGUCAUUUCGUUUGCUGAUAACACAGUGAAAGCUAGAUGCUGUGUGCCAAAGAACUACAAAAACGACCAUUUUAAUGCAGAAAAAUGGUUAAAAUUGACUGUAGCUGACGUUUUUAAAAGCAAAGCAGCGCCACCUAAGGGACAGGAUGGAGCAGUUGUCUGCAACAUGAAGGCCAAGAAGAUACAUGUUCAAGAAUGGGACACUUUGCUCAAGGAUAGUAUAGAAAAAGCGAACAGAUACGCGGAUGACAACUUGUAGAUAGCGAAGCUAGUCCUGAUAAUUGUAAUUUAUAUUUAAUAGUGAUCUCUUUGCGCUACUUUCUUGUAAUGUGUGUACAUAUCCUUGCCUGGUACCCAUCCUGUUAUUUAACUUUGAUAGUUAUAUCUAUUUAUUGUACAUAGGGAUUGUAAAAUUUUAAAUCUAUAAACAAAUAUAAAAUUGUUAAAGAACUCA